UCUCUCCAUGUGUGCUGCCGAGGUGGACCGCCACGUAGCCCAGAGAUACCUGAUCAAGCGAAGGCUUGGGAAGGGGGUGAGCGCAGGGACGCUCCGUCACCCGAGGGGCACUGCAGUCACCUGGGGGUUUGGUCGGCCCCCUCAAGGUCUAGUUCUUCUGACACGGGAUGCUGGCUUCUAGGCUCGCGUCCUGCCUCCUCCGAGGCUCCUGGACCCACGUUUCCAUAAGGAAACUGGGUAACACUCAGGGACCUCGCCCAGGAAUGCAGGUGACUGCCAGGGUCCCCAGGUCGCAGGAGGAGUUGUAUUGGUGCUCCACCCACAUUCCCUACCUUUCUGGAUUCCCAUAGGCUGCUCUGGGCCUAUGGCAUUGUGUGGAAGGCAGUGGAUCGGAGGACUGGUGAUGUAGUGGCCAUCAAGAAAAUCUUUGAUGCCUUUAGGGACCAGACAGAUGCUCAGAGAACCUUCAGGGAAGUCACGCUUCUCCAGGAGUUUGGGGACCAUCCUAACAUCAUCCGCCUGCUUGACGUGAUCCCAGCAGAGAAUGACAAGGAUAUUUACCUGGUGUUUGAGUCCAUGGACACCGACCUGAACGCGGUCAUCCAGAAGGGCAGACUACUGGAGGAUAUCCACAAGCGGUGCAUCUUUUACCAGCUCCUGAGGGCCACCAAGUUUAUCCACUCAGGGCGUGUCAUCCACCGGGACCAGAAGCCAGCCAACGUUCUACUGGAUGCCGCUUGCCGGGUGAAACUCUGUGACUUUGGCCUGGCACGCUCCCUGAGUGACCUCCCUGAGGGACCUGAGGGCCAGGCCCUGACGGAGUAUGUGGCCACACGCUGGUACCGUGCUCCAGAGGUUCUUCUCUCCUGCCGAUGGUACACCCCUGGGGUGGACAUGUGGAGCCUGGGCUGCAUAUUGGGAGAGAUGCUUCGGGGGCAGCCACUGUUUCCUGGCACAUCUACUUUCCACCAGCUGGAGCUGAUCCUGGAGACCAUCCCGUUGCCCUCCAUGGAGGAGCUCCAGGGCCUUGGCUCAGACUACAGUGCUUUGAUUCUGCAGAAUCUUGGGUCCAAAACAGCGGAGGUCAGGCCACAGACAGAAGGUGCCACGGGUAGGGCCCUAGAGAGGAGACGACAGGCGGCUGCCCGCAGGCCACGGCAGACGCUGGACGCCCUCCUGCCGCCAGACACCCCCCCAGAAGCCCUGGACCUCCUCAAGCGACUCUUGGCGUUUGCUCCGAAUAAGCGGCUUAGCGCGGAGCAGGCGCUGCAACACCCGUACGUGCAAAGAUUCCAUUGCCCCGACCGCGAGUGGACACGGGGAUCCGACGUGCGGCUCCCGGUGCACGAAGGAGACCAGCUCUCUGCACCAGAGUAUCGCAACCGCCUGUACCAGAUGAUCCUGGAGCGGAGGGGGAACAGCCGCAGCCCUCGAGAGGAAGGCCUGUGGGGUGCGGCCUCGCGGGUAGAGCUCAGGGCUUCCCCCGCCCGGGCUCAAUCGCUCAAGCCCGGAGUCCUCCCCCAGGUCCCCGCGGAGACGCCUGCGCGAAAACGCGGACCCAGACCUCAGAGUAACCCUGCUCAUAACCCCGAGCACAUGGAAGUCCCCAAGCAGAGCUCAGAUCCUCUGUUCCAAUUUCCGCCGCCAGGCAGGGGGGAAAGGCCAACAGGGGCCACAGCGGAGUCACCCUCGGCACCCUCAGGGGUGAAGACAAACGUUAGGGUGGUGGCACCCUCCCUGACUUCACAGGCCGCGGCUCAGGCGGCCAAUCAGGCCCUGAUCCGCAGUGACCCGGCCCGGGGCGGUGGGCCGAGGGCGGCCGGCGCGCGACGGGUGAGCCCGGCCCUGGCCCUUCCCAGCUCCCUCCAGUGCGGUUCGUACCCCCCAGAGCCCUGCUCCACUCCUCUCCCUCCUGAACAAGACCCUCGCCUGCGUGCAGGUCCCUUCCCGCCUGUCCCGGGAGGCCCCGGAACCCCGACCCGGUCGAAGGAUGUUUGGCAUCUCGGCCUCGCAGGGGGCCCAGGGCGCAGCCAGAGCUGCGCUUGGCGGCUACUCCCAGGCCUACGGGACCGUGUGCCGCUCAGCGCUGGGCCGUCUGCCUCUACUCCCCGGACCGCGUGCUUGAGUCGCCCACCCGUCUCCUUGCAGCAACCUGGCGCAGUUCCCCAGCCCCCAGCGCAUCUCCCUCCUUUGUCACUCUGCAUUCGAGUUCUGGGAGGGUUCCCCAAGCCUCUCUCCCCUAAGGGGGAGUAGAUGGUAGUUUACACUCCACCCCAACAAUUUU